AUGGCAGCUGAUCAUGGACCAAAUGGAGCGUACUCUGAGGUUUUCGAUGAGGGCAUGGACAUAUCCCAGCCGCAGACCAUUCACCGCAUUAGAGCCAACUCAUCUAUAAUGCAGUUGAAAAAGAUUCUAGUCGCCAACAGAGGUGAAAUACAAUUAGAGGCCGACGAAGCCUACGUUAUCGGUACCCAUGGACAGUACUCACCAGUCGGCGCAUACUUAGCUGGUGACGAAAUCAUCAAGAUAGCGGUCCAACAUGGUGUUCAGAUGAUUCAUCCUGGAUAUGGAUUUCUCUCAGAAAAUGCCGAGUUUGCUCGAAAUGUAGAAAAAGCUGGUUUGAUUUUUGUUGGCCCCUCACCUAGUGUGAUUGACUCUCUAGGUGAUAAAGUUUCCGCGAGAACAUUGGCCAUCAAAGCUGGGGUACCGGUUGUUCCAGGAACAGAUGGAGCAGUGGAAAGGUUUGAAGAAGUCAAAAAAUUCACAGACGAAUACGGCUUUCCUAUUAUUAUCAAAGCUGCCUAUGGCGGUGGUGGUCGUGGAAUGCGUGUCGUGCGAGAACAGGAAUCACUAAAAGAUUCGUUUGAAAGAGCUACUUCAGAAGCAAAAUCAGCAUUUGGUAAUGGAACUGUCUUUGUAGAGCGAUUCCUUGACAAGCCAAAGCAUAUCGAGGUCCAACUACUAGGGGAUAAUCAUGGCAACAUUGUUCAUCUUUAUGAACGUGACUGCUCGGUACAGCGAAGACAUCAAAAAGUCGUCGAACUAGCUCCUGCUAAAGAUCUCCCUCAAGAUGUUAGAGAUCAUCUUCUCAGUGACGCUGUUAAGUUAGCUAAAUCAGUCAACUACCGUAAUGCGGGGACAGCCGAAUUCCUAGUUGACCAACAAAAUCGUUAUUAUUUUAUUGAAAUAAAUCCCCGUAUACAAGUUGAGCACACUAUCACAGAGGAGAUCACUGGAAUCGAUAUCAUUGCUGCACAGAUUCAAAUUGCCGCAGGUGCUACCUUGGCUCAGCUAGGUCUUACUCAGGAUCGGAUUUCAACAAGAGGAUUCGCCAUUCAGUGUAGAAUCACAACUGAAGAUCCCUCAACGGGAUUUUCUCCGGAUACUGGGAAGAUCGAAGUUUACAGGUCUGCAGGAGGAAAUGGCGUACGACUCGAUGGAGGAAAUGGGUUCGCUGGUGCUAUUAUCAGUCCCCACUAUGAUUCUAUGUUGGUAAAAUGCACCUGUCUUGGCUCCACUUAUGAAAUUGUGCGUCGAAAAAUGCUCCGAGCUUUAGUUGAGUUUCGAAUACGUGGUGUGAAAACCAAUAUUCCAUUUCUAGCAUCACUCUUGACUCAUCCAACAUUUAUCUCUGGUGAAUGCUGGACUACUUUCAUCGAUGAUACUCCAGCUCUUUUCGACUUGGUGGGUGGACAGAAUCGUGGACAGAAACUUUUAGCAUACUUAGGCGACGUCGCUGUAAAUGGUAGCAGCAUCAAAGGACAAAUCGGGGAACCAAAAUUAAAAACCGAUGUGAUAAUUCCCAAGUUGUACGACGAUAAUGGUCAACUUAUAGACACUUCGAUUCCUUGUAAGAAGGGCUGGAGAAGUAUUAUCACUGAAAAGGGCCCUGCAGCAUUCGCGAAAGCUGUAAGGUCUAACAAGGGUUGUCUUCUGAUGGACACGACCUGGCGAGAUGCACAUCAGUCCCUACUUGCCACCCGCGUCCGCACAAUUGACCUAUUAAACAUCGGAAAAGAGACCAGUCACGCUUACAGUAAUCUUUAUUCUCUCGAAUGCUGGGGCGGAGCCACAUUUGAUGUUGCUAUGCGCUUUCUAUACGAGGAUCCUUGGGACCGACUUAGGAAGAUGCGAAAGGUAGUUCCAAAUAUCCCAUUUCAGAUGUUGCUCAGGGGUGCCAACGGAGUUGCGUAUUCUUCUCUACCAGACAAUGCAAUCUAUCACUUUUGCGAGCAAGCAAAGAAACAUGGCGUCGAUAUAUUUCGUGUUUUUGACGCGCUAAACGAUAUUGAUCAACUUGAAGUCGGAAUAAAAGCCGUCCAAAGGGCCGGGGGCGUUGUUGAGGGAACCAUUUGUUACAGCGGUGACUUCUUGAACCCAAAGAAAAAGUACAACCUUCCGUAUUACCUGGCCCUAGUAGACAAACUAGUGGCUUUGAACAUUCAUAUUCUCGGUAUCAAAGAUAUGGCAGGCGUUCUUAAGCCCAAGGCAGCAACUCUUUUGAUUGGAUCUAUUCGUGAGAAAUAUCCUGACCUUCCAAUACACGUACACACGCACGAUUCAGCAGGUACAGGAGUCGCAUCGAUGAUCGCUUGUGCCGACGCAGGUGCUGAUGUUGUUGAUACUGCUACUGAUAGCUUGUCUGGAAUGACCUCUCAACCGAGCGUUGGUGCAGUCUUAGCUUCCCUUGAAGGAAGCGAGCAGGAUGCUGGUCUCAAUGUGCGUCAUGUCAGAGCUAUUGACAGCUAUUGGGCCCAACUCAGACUUCUAUAUUCACCAUUCGAAGCUGGUCUUACUGGGCCGGAUCCAGAAGUAUACGAACACGAAAUACCUGGUGGCCAACUCACAAACAUGAUGUUCCAAGCGUCGCAGCUUGGCCUAGGCGCACAAUGGGCUGAAACAAAGAAGGCAUACGAACAUGCGAAUUAUUUACUCGGAGAUAUAGUCAAAGUUACCCCAACCUCAAAAGUUGUUGGUGACCUAGCUCAGUUCAUGGUUUCUAAUAAACUUAGCUACGAUGACGUUCAAGAAAAGGCAGGCGAGCUCGACUUCCCAGGAUCAGUACUUGAAUUCCUUGAGGGUUUGAUGGGGCAGCCAUAUGGUGGAUUUCCUGAGCCACUUCGGACAAAAGCUCUCAGGGGCAGGCGUAUGCUUGAUAAGCGACCUGGAUUGAGUUUGGAGCCGCUUGAUCUUGGAAAGAUUAAGCAAGAAAUCUAUAACAAGUAUGGAAGCGUGACCGAAUGCGACGUGGCAAGCUAUGCUAUGUAUCCUAAGGUCUUUGAAGAGUAUCGUAACUUUGUUGGAAAGUACGGUGACUUGAGUGUAGUCCCAACCAGGUAUUUCUUGUCGAAACCUGAAAUUGGAGAAGAGUUUCACGUCGAGUUAGAGAAGGGAAAAGUCUUGAUUCUCAAGCUUCUCGCUGUAGGACCACUCUCUGAUACUACUGGACAGAGAGAAGUCUUCUAUGAGAUGAACGGAGAGGUUCGAGUCGUGACUGUCGAUGAUAAUAAUGCUGCCGUAGAGAACACAAGUAGGGCUAAGGCUGAUCCAGGAGACAGCAGUCAAGUUGGUGCGCCAAUGUCUGGCGUUGUGAUCGAGAUCCGUGUCAAGGAUGGUGGUGAGGUAAAGAAAGGAGAUCCAAUCGCUGUCCUCAGCGCUAUGAAGAUGGAAAUGGUUAUUUCAGCACCACACGCUGGUAAAGUAUCGAGUAUCCAGGUAAAAGAGGGUGAUUCAGUUGGUGGAGCUGAUCUUAUUUGCAAGAUUAUGAAACCGCAUGAGUAG